CCAAAAUUGAUCCAACCAACAUCAUGCCUAGCGUCAGCAGAGAUGCAAAUGCAAUCUCUCUCUCUCUCUCUCUCUCCCUAAAAUGCUUUCAUGUUAGCUGACUUUACUUUGGAGUUCCCAAGCCAAAAAGAGCCAGCCAGUGCGUAUGUAUGUGCCUGUGUGGGGUCGUCCUCUUGGAAGGAGAAUCUUCUUCUUCUUUAUCAAUGGCCUGGAAUCAUAAAAGACUGUGAAUCAGACUGUAUCUACAACUACUGACUUUGGAGAGAAAAAGAAAAUCUACAACUGCUGACUUCGGAGAUAAAAAGGUUGUGGAGGUAAUACCAGAGUUAGGCCACUUGGAGUUUGGUGGCCGGAGGGGGAUAUUACAAAGACAAGGAGGUACAGGGGACAAAGCUCUUGAAAGCAAAGCUUUUUGUCUACUUGAUGCGCUCAUGAUUCUGCCUCUCGGAGGGUUUUUCUUGGGGUACUUACGGAAAAAUGAAAGUAAAAAAUAAAUAAAUAAAAUCCCCCCUAGUUUCUCCUAGAAUCUUUUUUUUUUUUUUUUUCCUUUUCAAUUUUCUUGUUAUAUUUUACUGGUUUUUAUUUGUUUCGGUGUUUUGGCACUUUUGGGUCAUAAAACUAGUUUAGUUCCAUCAUAAAAUGUGAUUUUGUUCAUAGUCCAUCGGGGGAAAUGAAUUUGGUUCUCUUUUUUUUUCUUCUCUCUUUUUUUCUUUUUUAGUCUUUUGCUGAAAACUUGAAUCUUGAAUUUUUGUUGCAGAAGAUAUUGACUGACCAUCUUUAUAAGAUCUAUGAAAAGUGGGUUUUCAUUUUGUGUUCUUUUCUUUUCUUCCUUUUUUAAAUUUUCAUCAUGAAAGUAAAUCAAAUUCCAAGAUAUGGUGGUUUCACAAAUAGGAUUUGACUGAUUUCUGCAAGCUGGCCUUAUUCUUGACAUGCAAGUGCGUAGUGCUUGAACCAGGAAGAAUAAAGACCGGAAGUUAUCCCAUAACUCCUUUCAUUCUAUAUUGUUGCUCGCUUAAUAUCAGUUUUGGAACCACAAACUUCUAAAAUUCAGAGGAAUAGGGUCUACAAAUAGGUGGGGUUUUGAAGAAGGAUCAAUCAUAAUGGAAGAUGGUGUUUUAUCACCCGGUACCAUGCUAGGUGCUCUGCCUGAUUUAACAAUGGAUCUGGAUAUCAUGGAUGAUCUCCUUUUCGAUGGAUGCUUGUUGGAAGCGAUGAAUGGAUCCGAAUUCCUUCAUCAGAAUCCCUCUACGUCUGGUGCCCCACUAGACCAUUCAUUUGAAUGGCCUGAUUUGGAGGCUAAUGACAACUUGAGAUCGAAUCCAUUUCAAAUGGACAAUGAAGAGGAGAUAAAGAGACCAUUAGCUGAUGAAUUACUGGAAAGAAGUUUAGUCAGUGCCGCAUCUCUUAGACAAGACAAGAUUAAUGUUGCCGGGUGUUCUAGUGAACCAGAAAAUUAUGUAAUUGAAGGUUCUGAACUAGGCAAGAGGUGGUGGAUUGCACCCAGCGGAAAUCCUGGUUGUACUACUUCUGUAACACAGAGAUUAAUUAAGGCCAUUGGGUACCUCAGUGAAUUCAAAAGAGAUAAAGGUGUUCUUAUACAGAUAUGGGUGCCUAUCAAUAGAGGGAAUCGGCGUGUUCUAACAACUAGUAAUCAACCUUUUUCGCUUGAUUCCAGCUGUCCAAGGCUUGCAAGAUACCGAGACAUCUCUAGGAAGUUUCAAUUCUCUGCUGAGGAGGACUCUAGGGAGUUGGUGGGGUUGCCUGGUAGGGUUUUCUUGGACAAGGUUCCUGAGUGGACUCCUGAUGUCCGAUUCUUUAGAAGUGACGAGUACCCAAGAGUUGGUCAUGCUCAACAUUAUAAUAUUUGUGGAACCCUUGCUCUUCCAAUCUUUGAACAGGGUAGUAGGACUUGCUUCGGUGUUAUUGAGGUUGUGAUGACUACCCAGCAGAUCAAGUAUUUCCCUGAGGUUGAAAGUGUUCGCAAGGCACUUGAGGCUGUUGACCUUAGAAGUUCUGAUGCUUUGAGCACUGAUAAUGUAAAGCAGGCAUGCAACACGGCCUACCUAGCUGCAUUACCUGAGAUUAAAGAGGUUUUGAGAUCUGCUUGUGAGACACAUAGAUUGCCCUUGGCUCAAACCUGGGUUCCAUGCAUUCAACAAGGUAAAGAGGGGUGCCGACACUCUGAUGAUAACUAUGUCAAUUGUGUCUCCACUGUGGAUCAAGCUUGCAUUGUCGCCGAUCCCAAUAUGCAGGGUUUUCAUGAGGCUUGCUCUGAGCAUCAUUUGUUAAAGGGUCAAGGCAUUGUUGGGGGAGCAUUUAGGACGAAUCAACCAUGCUUCUCAGCUGAUAUAACAUCCUUUGGCAACACCGAGUACCCUCUGUCUCACCAUGCAAGGGUGUUUGGAUUGUGUGCUGCUGUUGCAAUACACCUGCGCAGCAUCCACACUGGUACAGUUGACUUUGUCCUGGAGUUCUUCUUACCCGUGAAUUGCACAGAUUCUGUGGAGCAGAAGAAGAUGCUUAGUUCACUGUCCAUUAUUGUACAACAGGUUUGCCAAAGUUUACGGAUUGUAACAGACAAGGAGCUAGAGGAGGAUACUAAUUUGCCAGUUAAUGACAAACCUAGUAGGGAGGAGAUGUUACAUGAGAAGUCCGCAGAGCUUUGGCCACAUCAACAAGAUUCUAAGCUGGAAAGAAAUAUUGAGUUUGGUGAAGAGUGUUCUGCAUAUGAUGAGGGUAUCUUCCCAAGUGUAGGCACGAGUAAAGCAGGAGAGAGAAGACGUUCCAGGGUCGAGAAGACUAUCACCUUGGAAGUUCUUAGGCAAUAUUUUGCUGGCAGUCUAAAAGAUGCAGCAAAGAGUAUUGGAGUUUGUUCGACGACUUUGAAAAGAAUCUGCAGACAAAACGGGAUUAAACGAUGGCCUUCUCGAAAAAUUAAGAAGGUUGGUCACUCCUUACAGAAACUCCAACUUGUAAUCGACUCAGUCCAUGGCGCAUCUGGUGCUUUUCAAAUAAAUUCCUUCUACACAAACUUCCCAGAGCUAACCUCUCCAAAAUUAUCGGGAACUAGCCCACUUUCAGCUAGAAAACUCUGUGAGUAUACGCAGCCAUCAAGCAUGCAGACUGAGGGUGAGCUUUUCAGCCCUCAAGCUGUUGCACCGAAAUCACCCUCCUCUUCAUCCAGUCAGGCUUCGACCUCAAGUCAUAGUUGUUCGAGUGGGACACAUCAACAUCCUACCACGCAGAACGUUGCUCAUUUCAAAGAUGCAAUAAUUGGAGAAAAUCGUCAGGGUGUGCUAAAUAGAAUCGGCAGUGCAGCAGAGAUCCAGGCCCCAGGCCAAGGACCAAAGCUCCUGCCAAAAUCCCAGAGCCAUCAAGCUCUUAAUGCUGAGAACCUUGUACCCUCACUGAAAGAUAGUGGUCAUGUAUCUCAAGAAUGGUCUGCUCGGAAAGUAAAAGUCACAUAUGGUGAUGAGAAAGUCCGAUUUCGGUUGCAAAACAAUUGGAAGUACACAGACUUGCUGCUAGAGAUUGCCAGGCGAUUCUAUAUAGAUGAUAUGAGUGGAUUUGAUCUCAAGUACUUGGAUGAUGAAGCCGAGUGGAUCUUAUUAACAUGCGAUGCGGAUUGGGAGGAGUGUAUCGAUGUCUGCCAAUCAUCACAGAGCCACGCUAUCAAGCUCUCCCUCCAAGUUUCUCGCCAUCAAUUAGGACGUCUUUAGACAGCAGUGGUUCAAGUUCAAAAUGGAAGUUUCUCAUCAUUCAGGAAAGUCUUUAGACAGCAGUGGUUCAAGCCGUGCUUGCUUUGAGAUUUAGUCCUGGUCGUCGAAUGAUAUAUCCAGAGAUUCUUCAAGUUCACAAAGGAUUCAAAUCAUUCCAGUAAUUUUUAUCCGGACUUGUAAUCUAUAAGGGGUGGUUGAAAGCAGAGAAUCUUGAUCGUUCACGGUGGGCCACAAUGGCUACGGAAUCUUUAUAUAAUAUGUCAAAAAAUUAGAGUUUCUCCUCAAUAAUGGUAGCUUGUACAUUCAAUCAUUCUUCUCCUCCUUAGAGAAGAAACCUCACUCAGGAAGAAAGAAAAUUAUUUUCCGUUUGCAAUCUAUAACUUUUUGUAUAUUUUAAGGCGAUAUUGUUUUUCAAUCUAAGACUGAAAAUGAAAGCGAAAUUUAUGUAUUA